CUCAUUGAUUUUUUCUCAUUUAAUUGACCUCAGCGAGAGGUCAAAAGUGGCCAGUUUGAGUGACCCCCGUUUUCAAAAUAUUGCUGUAAAAAGUUAGACCGCGGUCGCGUUUAGAGGUCGCCGUUCAUUGGUCUCAGCUGUUUUUCGAAAAUCGAAUUUCGACUCGAAAAUUCAGCCGCGGUCUUCAGUUUGACGUCAGCUGUGUGUCUGAGCGGACGCCUGAUUCGGUUUCAGCUAUGUAAUGCCAGUAUGCGACCAACCGCCGCGGCGUGAACACGUGGUGAUAAAUAACAGAAAUGUAACUGUACUGUGUUAGAUGCAUGGGGUAAAACGGUGUAUAUAUUUUGUAAAUAUUUUUUUAAGUGAUCUGUAUAAUAGUGUGUGUAAAAUCCUGUGAUAUUAGUUGUAAGAUCCCACGAACGCUGCAAGCAUGGUCGGAGCGCCCGAUGUGGUCAAGCCCUCAGAGAAGGUCGAAGAUUGUUCGCCACACGUCAACGGCAACCCUGUAUUUACAAUUUGCGAUGAAAUUGGCAGUCCAGACAGUGGAUUCACGAUGGCUUCAAUAAACUCGAACGGGGAUCUGAAGAGUCCCGGGGACCCUCCAGAUAAGAAGAUCCCUGAUGAAGAUGCUGAGAAACAACCCUUGUCCGGGAAGAAGGAGGAGAGGUGGUGGAACACGCUGAUGCAGGUGGCUGUUCCCUUCUUCAUAGCUGGUUGUGGCACCAUUGGAGCUGGUCUUGUUCUGGGGACAGUUAGGGACUGGGACGUUUUCGUGGAAGUGUCGGCCAUCUUUGUUUUAGUUCCCGCGCUGUCAGGGCUAAAAGGUAAUUUGGACAUGUGUCUCGCAUCGCGGCUGUCGACGCAAGCGAACCUUGGCAACAUGGAGUCGCCGCGGGAAGUCAUCUCCAUGGUCGUCGGGAACAUAUCAUUAGUUCAGGUGCAAGCAAUAGUCGCCGCCACAGUGGUCUCGAUGUUCGCGAUAGUGGUCAACUCGAUCACGGACCGCGCGUUCAACGGGAACUAUGUGCUGCUGCUCAUCUCCUCCGCCAUCUUCACAGCUACCACCACGUGUUUUGUGCUUGAUUUCGUGAUGGUAAUGGUGAUAUUCGGGUCGCAGAAGUUCAAAGUGAACCCGGACAACGUGGCGACGCCUCUAGCGGCCUCCAUCGGUGACAUCGUCAGCAACUCUGUGCUUGCCGUCACUGCGCAGUACAUGUUUGAGCAAAUAAAAACGUCUCUCUGGCAGCCGAUCGCGCUCCUAUGCGUGUACUACUGCCUGCUGCCGAUCUGGGUGUUCAUUGUUUGGAGGAACAAGUAUACAAAGACGGUGUUGACGACGGGCUGGACGCCGGUCAUCUCGGCGCUGUUUAUUAGCGGCAUCGGAGGCAUAGUCCUGGACCAGGCGGUGGACCGGUACCCGGGCUACGAGGUGUUCCAGCCGAUCGUGAACGGCAUCGGCGGCAACCUGGUGUGCGUGCAGUCGUCGCGGCUCGCCACGCAGCUGCACCAGACCGCCAUCCCCGGCGUGCUGCCCGAGCGCACGCGCAUCCUCGAGUGGCCCUGGCGGACGCUCUUCUAUGGCACUCCCGCGGCGAAGGUAGCGCGCAUGUUGCUAGCGCUGGCUGUGUGCGGCCAGAUCGUGUUCAUGAUCGUCGCCGACUUCGUGUAUCAGGGCUUCGUCUCCGUGCAGGUCUCCUUUGGGGUCACCUACGUGGCGUGUAGUGUCAUACAGGUAAUGGUACUCCUGUACCUGGCGUACAUCCUGAUCCACUUGAUGUGGAAGCGCAAGAAGGACCCGGACAACGCGGCGAUCCCGUACCUCACGGCGUGCGGCGACCUGCUCGGCUCCGUGUUCCUCGGCCUCGCCUUCGUCAUCCUCUCCAUCUUCGGCCUGCAGUACGGCAACAACGUGCCCCCAGCCGGCACCUAAACCGACACUUAUAUCCACAGGAUAUCGCUACACACCGACUGAUCGAUUAAAUGAAAUUAUACGUCGGAAAGAUCAGCCCGAAUAGUAUUUGUAUACCAAAGUUUUAACGAGAAUUUCGAUCCUUAGCGUCUCUCGCGAUAACAUCACAGUAUUAUUAUAUAUUUUAUAUUGUUAGAUCGACUUAUGAUAGUGCCAAUUGUCGUGAUUGGACCGCGUUCGCUGUGUAAUAUGCGCCGAAAUUUUUUACGUAGACUGUGAAAUGGUGUCCGCUCUCGUAGCUGCGUCUGUGAUAUUUGCCUGGUGCGAUCAAAUGCAAUGUUUAAGUUGAUGAUCGAUCAACGUAUUUGUUGAGGCGGACUGUUUAAUGGAUUUUACAAAUCGAACCUUAUUAUUUUUUUACAUUUGACUCUCUUAUAUUUUUUAAUGAAAUUACAUAUUGAUAUUUUACAUUCCAUUAUUUUAUUUUUUCGUUUCGUGUUUUGCUGUCUAAAAUCAAAUUAGGAAAUAACGAACCGUUGCUAUUAAAUUUUUUAUAAAUGUAUAACUUCACUCGUCUUUCUUCCGUAAAUUAUGUAUUAUGUUUAAGGGAAUAAAAAUAUCAUGUUAUUAAUAACGACUUAAGGUAUAAACGAUUACCGUGUUGUUGCUUGUAAUUAGUUCUUACAUAGUAUUAGUUUAGACAAACAGUACAAUAAUGCAAUUGAUAGUAUUAAGGUGUCUAAUGAUAAAUUAUUGCCGUCGACAUGAAUUAUACCUUAUUCAAUUAGCCAUAAAGUGUUGAAUUGUGUGUGCGGAUGUUUAUAUGAAGUUGCGAUCUCGAACCGUGUUUAUAAUAUUGGACCCAUUUGUUUCAAGCUACCUCCAAACAGUUACUAUUUAAACGAAAUUUAUGUAAAGUUAAUUAAAUUCUGAUGUAACAAAUUAGUAACCAAAUAGUUUGUAAGACUUCCACGACACUAAAUUUUUAGUUUUUUGUUUUGUAUUUUCUGUUUCUGAACAAGUUUAUGAUAAAUGAAUUUAGCCGAUUACUGUAUAAUUGAGUUGUUAAAUUAACAGCUUUGAUUUUGCCUGUCUAGAUAAAUAAAUAACUAAAAUGGUAUAAGCCAACUUCUGGCUGAUUAACUCUCCAAGUUGGGUCGUUUAAAAGGCUCUAUCUAGGCAGUAUAUAAUCAAAGUUACGUUAAUUUAGUGUCCAAUAGAUAGAUCUAAAAUAAAACAUUUGAACUGGCGUUUAUUGUAGUAAAAAAAUGGUGUCUUAUAUAAAAUUACGACGAAAAACGUCACAUGUGUGACGUUAUAGUUUUUAAGGUAUAUUUUUGAAUGGAUGAUGUGAUAAAUGAGAUUUUAACUGUAUAUAGUUAUAAUUGUUAUGUAGUUUGUAGGUAAAUGCCAUUAGUACAUUGUAGACGGUUUUAAUAGUAAAUUUAAUAAAUUCGGACGUUUUAAUUUUGUUGUACCCAUUUCACUGAAACCGCUAAUGUUAUGUAUCUGUUAAGACUCAAAUUAUGAACUAAUAUUAAUUAUGUUUAUGUACAAAUUUGUUUUGUAAGUAAAUAAAAUUUCUCCCGUA